UCGCGCUGCGCCGCCGGUGCCUCCUCCGCGGGUCUCGCCGCCGCCGCCUCCCCGUCAGGUCAUGGCUUUCGUGACCAGGCAGUUCGUGCGCUCCGUGUCCUCCUCAGCCUCGGCCUCGGCCUCGGCGAAGAAGAUCAUGGUCAAGCACGUGACGGUCAUCGGCGCCGGGCUGAUGGGCGCGGGCAUCGCCCAGGUUGCUGCAGCAAGUGGCCACACAGUUGUGUUAGUGGACCAGUCAGAGGACAUCCUGGCGAAAUCCAAAAAGAGCAUUGAGGAAAGCCUGAGGAAAGUGGCCAAGAAGAAGUUUGCAGAUGACCCAAAGGCUGGCGAGGACUUCAUGGCCAAGACCCUAGGCAACAUCUCCACCAGCACGGACUCCGCGGCUGUCGUCCACAGCACAGACCUGGUGGUGGAAGCCAUCGUGGAGAACCUGAAGGUGAAGAACGAGCUCUUCAAGAAGCUGGACAAGUUUGCCGCUGAACACACCAUUUUCGCCAGCAACACUUCCUCUCUGCAGAUCACAAGCAUCGCGAACGCCACCACCAGGCAGGACCGGUUUGCCGGGCUCCACUUCUUCAACCCUGUUCCCAUGAUGAAGCUGGUAGAGGUCAUCAAGACCCCGAUGACCAGCAAGAAGACGUUUGAGUCUCUGGUAGAUUUCAGCAAGGCCCUGGGAAAGCAUCCUGUGUCUUGCAAGGACACUCCGGGGUUCAUUGUGAACCGUCUGCUGGUGCCGUACCUCAUGGAGGCCAUCAGGCUGUACGAGCGAGGUGACGCGUCCAAGGAGGAUAUUGACGUCGCCAUGAAGCUGGGAGCCGGGUACCCGAUGGGCCCCUUUGAACUUGCUGACUACGUGGGACUGGACACCACCAAGUUCAUCGUGGACGGCUGGCAUGAGAUGGACUCCAAGAACCCCUUGUUUCAGCCCAGCUCGUCCUUGAACAAGCUGGUAGCAGAGAAGAAGCUGGGCAAGAAGACUGGAGAAGGCUACUACAAGUACAAGUGACAUGGCAGCGGGCCGGGCAGAGCCUGCCGGCAGGGCCAGCAGCCCCGCAUGCCGUGCCGGGUGCCCGAGCUCACGCUGCUGCCCUUCACCUGCUUUGUGAUCCAUGGGAAUUAGCUAGACUAGGGACAGCAGUAGCAGGCACCUCCUUUGAGAACUAACUCCCUUUUUUAAGUCUACUUGUUUCUGUGUAUUUUUCUAAAAAGCCUUUACACCCUGGGUGCCUUGGAGCAAACUUGAGCCGAGUCAUUUGCAUAAGAAUGGCUAGGCCUCACUCCCUGGUGAGGGGAACACCCCUCUUCAGGUAGCAAGCCCAGCCCUUGUGCCACAGCGUCCACUCACCUACCUCUGCCCACGGGAGCCCUCUCCUGCAGCUCCUGCAGCAUCAGGCCUCGCUGAGGGGGUGUCCCACGCCUGCUGCUCAGGACACCUGCUGCUCGGGCAGAGUCGCGUGGGCCUGGUGUGCAGGACACGCUUGCGUCUGCAGACCGAAUGAUCCCUGUCUGUCUCUUUUUCAUAAGAAAUCUUUGCUGUGAACUGCCUACGAAAAUUGACUCUGAUAUCAUGCAAUCUUUCAAUCUGUGAAAAUUUGAAUUGAAAUAAACAAAUGCAUAGUUCAAAAUCAUCGUGUGCUCAG